UAUUUGGAAGAUGUGAAGCUCUCAAGUGAUGGUGGACUUGAUGGUCGUUGCCUUUGCUACGGUCGCCUAUUACCUCACCUAGAACAAACUUUUGCUUCUCUAUCGGAAUCCGAAUCAAAGGCACUCUCACAGCUCGCUUGCACUUUAUGGGAAACUUUUUACCCUGUCAUCGAAAAGAAAGCCAUUGUUCAGUUCGACAAGAGCAUCUCACGGGAAUUAGAAAAUCCACUGUUAAAAACUCCAAGCAAAAAUCCUAAUCUCCCAGGCAUGAAACGCCGACGCGAUAUUUUUCCUAUCUCCAGGUUUCACAAAUUAAAUGAUGAACGUUCUCUCCUUGAUCGACCCUCCGUUUGCCUGCACAUUAACGACGCCAGUCUUCUUGACAAGUUUUCUGAUUGCAUGAUACCGGAGCUUGAAGAAGAAAGGCAGCGGGAUGAGGCCAAUAACAUUUCGAACGUAAACCAAAAUGUAAAAUCAGAGGAUGGAGUUGUUUACUAG